UUCCAAUGGAGUCUGAAGUGUCCCCUCGUGCGGGCCGCCGUUUGCUCAGCCCAGCAGAAUUGCUUGCAGCUCGCACACGUGAUCGGAAGGUCCCUCAACGCUCACAUGGUCAGAAAGAUUUCAUCCCUGAUGGAUCAAAAGAACAAGACGAGAGGCUGCAUCAGUGCCGGGAAGAGCACUGGCAACUUUUGGAGGAGGAACGUGUGGAGCGAUUGGGAAGUCUGGUGAAAGCUGAAUGGAAGCCCGAGGAGGGUAUUGCGGAGCUGAAAUCCCCAGCUGGGAAAUUCUGGCAAACCAUGGGGUUUGCGGAACAUGGAAAGCAAUGCCUACUGGCAGAAGAAGCCCUGUAUCUUCUGGAAUGUGGAUCUAUCCAGCUGUUGUACAAAGACCUGCCUAUGUCCAUCCAGGAAGCCUAUGAGAACUUGCUAUCCCAGAAGUUGGUGAGCCUGCUGAAGUACCAGGUAUUCAGUCACUUGAAGAGACUGGGUUACAUCGUCCUGAGAUUCCAUCCAAGUGCUGCUCCAACACCUUAUGAGAGGUUGCUGAAGCUGGAUAGCCACUACCAAAGUAAAGAGAAAGGCCACCACAAGAGGAGAAGGAGCUCCAGCCCUCGGCUGCAAGACAAGAAAUCCAAAGCAUCUGAGAAAUCUCAGGAAUGCAAAAAGUCACCAAAAAGGACCAGGAGGCAUCAUAAGAGUUCCAGCCCCCCAGCAUCAGAUAGCUCACCCAGGGAAAGAAUGAAGGUGUCGGAUCUUAACAUGGCAAUUGUGGAGCCAGUUCCAUCAUCCAGUGUCACAAGAGAAGAUGAUGACUCUCCAGCUUGUACUCGAGGUAACAAAGAGACUUCUAGGAAGACCUCUCCGGAGGGCCCCGAUGAUGUCUGCCGGUCCCGCUGGGAUUUCACCGCCAUUGCUUUCCCCAACAUGGGUGCAGAUUGCCUGCAAACGCUUCUGCCUGAGCCUGAUAAGAGGCUACUCCCGGAGAACAUAACAGUGCGGGAGGCUGAUGCAACCAGAUGGCGCAGGAAACUCAACCAGAAGCACGAGAGGCUGACCCGCAAGGAGCGGGAACAGCUGAAGUGGGAGAGCCGGUACAAAAGCAGCGUCAACGAGGAUAAGGAAGUCAGGCGCUGCUCCACCUGGCGAGCCUACAAAGCCCUUCUGGAAGAGAGGAGACAGUGGAAAGAGAGGACCUGUCCCUCACACCUCUGGGAACAGGCAGUCACCCCGCUUGUGAAGCCAGACCAAGGGCUGUCAACAGCCGAUAUUCUUCAAAAGAUCGGUGUGUUCCAGCCCUCCCACAUCCUGGAUGAGGCAUCUCAACUGCAGAACAAUUGCACAGAUCUGAAAAUCGAUUUUGAUGUGUAUCAAGCGGAUGUAGCUUCUAAGUUUAAGAAGAACGAUCCCGGGAAGCCAUGUGUCCGGAUAUGCGUUCGAAGGUUUGAUGAGCAAAUCCCAUCCCUAAGGGCAGUGAAGCAGCUUACUUACCAAAGUGGAGACGUCCCAGUGGUCUUUGCACUAGUAGACAACGGAGACAUCGCUUUCUACUCUUUUAAACAGUUCAAGCUGCCAACUGAUGUAUAUCCCUGACAUUGCUGCUGAAACCUGGGAGAAGCAUCUUUGGGACUGAUGUGUGUUUAUAUGAAAUGUUACUCGGGACUUCACUUCUGUUUUGUUCAUCUGGAUACGACACUGAAUGUACCAACACUGUGCUAAUUCCAUGUGGCAAGAAAUUGCCUAUGCACAAAAGCAAAAAGUAGUUCAAAUACAUACGUGCACAUACACACAAUCUUUCCUGGACAAAAACACACAACUGUUUUAUUCUUUUAAUACAUAAAUUCCCAAGCUUUAGUCUGAUUAUUACCCCCUCUUGUGGGCUAUAGAAUGAGUACCAUUAUGUUUAGCAUUGUGCUUCUGCAAAUCUGGAAUGGCUUAUUAGUUAAGUGGGUGCCUGGGAUCCACCAAGUGGCAGAGCCAUGGGAGAAACAGCCACUAUUGCAUGAUGGUGGUUUCUAGCCACAGAGCCAAGCACAGCCAGUGAAUAUAUGAGGAUAGUCUCCUGUUUCUGAGUGCAUAGGCCAUUCAUCAGGUGCUUUUUCUUCAACCUGCCACAGGGAACGAAACAAAAUGCUGAGAACUUACAGAAAUAUACCACCACCUUUUUUUUUGGUGGUUCCAUAAAGUUAGUAAACUUUCAAUUACGUAGUGCUCAAGUCAUCAUGACUAGAUUGCCAUGAUCUGCCCCUGCUUCCCAGCAUCUCUCCUGGAUGCAGUUUGAUAUUUUGUGUUGCGAAUCACCAUCUGUAUCACCAAGUUUAUUUAUAACCCUUUGGACUUUUUUCAGAUACCAGAUUUCUCUCUUUACUAUGGAAUUGCUAUGGUAGUUAGACCCAGCAGUGUUGUCAGGAUAAAAGGAACUGGAUGUUUUUCUGUUAAGAAAUAGUUUUCAUGAGGAAUUUUUAAAAAAAAAUUAGAGGCAGUUUUAUUUUAGGAGGUCUAUGGAGCUAACGUAAGAGGCAAAAGCAAUAAAAUACUCUUUGUGUUAA